GGGCGAUGAGAGGUGACAUAGGGGCGAUGAGGGGUUACAUAGGGGCGAUGAGAGGUGACAUAGGGGCGAUGAGGGGUGACAUAGGGGCGAUGAGGGGUGACAUAGGGGCGAUGAGUGGUGACAUAGGGGCGAUGAGAGGUGACAUAGGGGGCGAUGAGUGGUGACAUAGGGGCGAUGAGGGGUGACAUAGGGGCGAUGAGGGGUGAUAUAGGGGCGAUGAGUGGUGACAUGGGGCGAUGAGUGGUGACAUAGGGGCGAUGAUGAGAGGUGACAUAGGGGCGAUGAGUGGUGACAUAGGGGCGAUGAGAGGUGACAUAGG